AUGACCAAUGGUGAAGGUGUCACCAUACCAAAAUCGGAAAGUCAAUGGGAUGAUAAUGAUAGGAAGUUGUGGUCACAUGAUUGGAAGGCACAAAGUAUUCUCAUAUCUGUAUUAGGUGUUGAUGAGUAUUAUCGUGUUUCCUAUUGUGAAACUGCCAAAACCAUGUGGGUCGCAUUAGAAGUUGCCCAUGAGGAAACUAAUGAGGUCAAACAAUCUAGAGUUAACACAUUGAAUCGAGAGUUUAAACUCUUUUGUAUGAAGCAUGUUGAAACCAUUGUCGGUAUGAAAAAGAGAUUCACACAUAUUAUUAACCAGUUGAAUGAUCUAGGUAAGCCUAUUUCCAAUAAUAUUGCUACUAAUAAGGUUUUGAGAUAUCUUAAUAGAGAAUGGCAACCCAAGGUCACCGCAAUCAAAUAG